GUUUGUACAUACACAGAUACCUUGUUCCCGUUGGAAAGGUAAACUGUGGAUUACCCGUCUAGCAAGGUCCACCGCCGAGGUACCCUUUCUUUGGUCGCAUGAACUUUAGUACCAGCUUACCGCUCACCCUACAUUUGCAAUUCACAAUCAUCUACCUACUCAGGUCCAUAUACAUAUAGUGCUCACAUCCUUAUUAGAGGAUAGGCGCUCCACCUUAUACGUUUUCGAGCACGGCAUAUUCUACGCUUUAAGUCCCUUACUCUCCCCUCCUUUCACCUUCGACAUCAUCCCACCGACCACACAACCACCCUCCAUCCGUGGUAAUUUCUAGACUCCCAGCUUGUAAAUUCUUGGGCGCAAAGAACCCGCGCCGUCAGCCCGACCGCGCGAGUUACAUCGAGUUCGAAGGGACAAUCUGAGUAAUAUCGUUGAAGGGGAAGUGUUAGAGAAACAUAGUCAACAUGAGUUCAGGAUACCCAGCUCCGCCCGUUCACCAUUCGCAGGCAUUCCCGCCUGAGAUGUCUGGUCCCUCUGCGCAUCAUCCAGGUUACGCCCAGCUACCUCCUCCCAUGCCUUUCAAUUACCAACAAGACCCCAUCACAAACCCCCACCGCGCGAACAUGCCUCCUCCACGAACGAAUAUGGCCCCUCCUAAUAUGCCUGGCCCGAGGGAUCGGGCUGCUGAGCUAGGUACGACAGAGAAUGGCGUGGGAGGUCCUGGCUCCAAUUCACUUACUUCCAAGCCCGGGGCUGAGGAGAAGGAUAAACCAGCUCCCCAGCCAAUUGAGGGUACCGACACAUCUAGAAAAUACAGACUUGAAGUUGUCCAACAACCUCUCAGAGCAAGAAUGUGUGGUUUUGGUGAUAAGGAUCGACGGCCUAUAACCCCUCCACCGUGUAUAAGAUUAGUAGUUAUGGACAAGACCACAGGCAAAGAGGUAGAUUGCAAUGAGGUCGAACACCAGCAUUAUGUGUUACACGUUGAUCUCUGGUCCGAGAACGGAGACAAGGAGGUCAAUCUUGUCAAACAUUCUCAGCAGUCGCCGUCUAUCUCCUCAACUCAGGCUUCCUCUUUUCGCGAGGUGAUCGAAGGAAGUCAGACUGGGGGCUAUGGGUACCAGUCAAUCGUACCGUCAAACCGGGACUAUGCGCAGCCAGGUGCAGCUUAUCCUCAUGCGAUGCCUCCCUACCAGCCGGAUCCAUAUGGCCAAGGAUACGGCUACCCCCCGCAGCCCCAAGCCUAUGGUUAUCCUGGGGGUGGCUACCGAAACGACAUGGUGCCGGGCGUCCCUCAGUUGCCCUCGCAAUCAAUGUUUGGACCCCGAUUCUCCCAAGACAUUGCGGGACACCAGAUGACGCAACAUCGAUUGAUGGGACCACAGUCGCCAAAUGGCAUGUAUACGAGGAAUCUUAUUGGUAGCCUUGCGGCUAGUGCAUCGCGCCUUACAGAUCCUACAGACAAGAUAGGAAUCUGGUUUAUUUUACAGGAUCUAAGUGUGCGAACAGAAGGCUGGUUUAGAUUGCGAUUUUCGUUCAUCAACCUGCGAAGACCAGAUGCGACUUCCAACGGCGGCAGCGAUGCUGAACUUCUAAACCGAGGCAGAGCACCGGUUUUGGCACAGGUUUUUAGUGAAAAGUUCCAGGUCUAUUCGGCGAAGAAAUUCCCAGGUGUUUGCGAAAGCACCGCCCUCAGCAAAUGCUUCGCCGUACAAGGAGUUAAAAUCCCCAUCAGGAAGGAUGGACAGGAUGGAAAGGGGGGCAAGGGCCGAGGUUCGGACGAUGAAGACGACAAUUAGGAUUCAUUUUCAAGCGUUAUUCGGGUAUAGACGAAGUCAGUUCCCUUGGACGAGACAUCUAUCAGAUCCGGCUAUGAUUGGCCUUGGAGUAGGGCGACCUACGACAU